AUGAGUGACGGUUACGGUGGUUACCAACCUUACUAUCGUGGCUCUUAUGGGAAAGGCCGAGGAUCAUACAGAGGAAGUAAUUCGCGUGGCCGGGGGUAUAGUUCUUAUAAUGGUGGUAGAGGUAGUUCUUAUGAUUCAAAUGAUGGGAGUUAUUAUAAAUACAAUAGCAACAAGGGAUACCGUGGUGGAUAUAGCAAUGGCGGAAGCUACAGGGGCAGUAGUAGUGGUCAAGGAAUUAGCAAACCGUACAGAGGGUAUGAUGCUAAUUCUAAUCAAUACUAUAAUCCAAACAACAAUUACAAAAGUGUCAAUAAUGAUCCUAAUAUGAGCAAUAAUUUCGGCGAUAGUUUACCAAGCAGACUUUCAAAAUCUCCAGCCCCUAUAAAGAACUAUGAUGCUGGCAGUUUGUCAUUGCCAGAGAAGCUUGGAUCAUCAUUAAAUACUAGUGGACCGCCUGGAUCGACAGGCUCAUCUGGGACGACAUUAUCAAAUGUCACAGUGAAGACAUCAAAGGAUAAAAUGAAUUUAGAUAGCUCCAGGAUCUGGGCAAAGUUGUUGAAAAUUUCUGAUAUAGAUGUGACCACUGGUGUUAAAGGAAUCGAUGUCCCUAAGCCGAAAUAUAAAGAGAAGGCAUUCAUUGAUAAAUUUAAAAAAGAUCUUGAUGAAUUAGAUGAAAUCAACAAGAAAAUGGACGAGGCGUUCUUGGCAAGGAUCACGAAGGAAUGGGCGGUUGAAAAUUUGGGAAGAUUUGAAAGAAAUGGUAAACUUCUAAGCCAGUUAAGAGAUGAUGGAUUGGAAAAAAUUGUGGCUAGUGAAGGAUUGUUUAGCGAGUUCGGUUAA